AUGUAUAACUUUCAAACAAUUUGUCGAACGUGUUCUUCUGAUGAUAAUUUACAGUUGCUGUUCGAUAAUAAUUAUACAUUUAAUAUAGCUGAAAUGUUAAGUGAAAUUGUGAAUAUUACGGUAACAGAAAAUGAUAAUUAUCCGCAAAAUAUAUGCAUAAAUUGUUUGGAUAAAUUACAUUCCGCUUACAAUUUUAAGCAACAUUGUCAAGAAAUUCAAAAAAAGUAUGAAGAAUAUUUAGGAACUUUGGCUAGUGAAAAUAAAUAUAAUUUUGAUGAAACUGUCGGACAAAUUUAUUUGAUUGCCGAAGCAGACGUAAGCGAGGAUUUUAAAUCAUCGAACUAUAACGAUGACGAAAACAUUAUGGAAAUCAAAAAGGAAAAUGUAAAACGAAAACGAACAUGUCAGAUUUGCAGCAAAAGUGUUAGCAGCAUAUCUGCACAUAUGCGAACACAUACAAAUGACAAACCAUACAAAUGUAAAACAUGCCAUAAAGAAUUUUCACAAGCUACCAAUUUAAAAACACAUUAUUUACGUGUUCACACAGGUAAGAAAUUCCCAUGUAACAUUUGUCAUCGAAGUUUUGCAAGCUUAUCUAAUCAUAUGCGAACACAUAGAAAUGACAAACCAUACAAAUGUAAAACAUGCCACAAAGAAUUUUUAGCUUGUUACAAUUAUAAACGACAUUUACGGAUUCAUACAGGUGAAAGAUUUUCAUGUAACAAUUGUGAACGUAGCUUUGCCCGAAUAGAAAAUUUAAAAGAACAUAUACGUGCACAUCAUUUAUCCCCGACGGAGAAUAAAUCAUCCGAGGAGACGAAACCAUCUCGAGAAAAGAAAUUUCUAUGUAGUACUUGUGGAAAAUGUUUCCAAAAGCUGACAACAUUAACAGACCAUAGAAAUUCACAUUCAGGAGUACGACCUUAUAAAUGUAAAAUUUGUGAAAAAACAUUUUCACAAAGAUCUAACUUGUAUGCCCAUCAGAAAUUACACGACGGUGAAGAAUCUGAAAAUUUAAAAAAACCUUUUGAAUGUUCAUAUUGUGAAAAACAAUUUUCACUUCGGACGACGUGGGCCGACCAUGAGAGGAUUCACACGGGGGAUAGACCGUAUAAAUGUGAGAUUUGCUUUGUUGGGUUUCGACAACAUACUCAUUUGAAAGUGCAUUCGCGUACCCAUACUGGAGAAAAACCAUUUAAAUGUAAUUUUUGUGAUAAACAGUUUGCAAUAAAAGGUAAUUUAACUGUUCAUGAGCGUACUCACACGGGAGAAACCCCAUACGUAUGCGUUAUAUGUUCUAAAGGAUUUUACGAUACCCGUCGUUUGAAGAAGCAUCAGUCCAAACAUUUACUAACGGAAAAUGGGGAGCAGAUGUUACCAAAAAAAUCACUAGAAUUAGUUUUAAUAAAAAAUGAAGAUAAUAUCGUGCAAGAAUAAAUAUUUGCUUCUUCGAAAUUUUAUGUGAUUUUCAUUUUUUUUUAAUGUGAAAUUUUAACAGAUUUGUUUUGCGGAAAAUAGCAGGAAAAAGAACAAUUGUUCCAUAACGAAAGCGAUUUUUCCAUAACCCAAAAACACUAUAAUCGAGGUAAUACAAUCGAAAAAUGACUAAAAGGUCGAAAUCUAAAAGACACCUUCGAUUUUUACAGGACCGGGCGCAAACUAUCCGUAUGAGAGCGUACAAAUUUGACGAUUAUCAAGUGGUUUUGAUCAAAUAUUUGAUUAGAAAACCAACUGAUUUUAUAUUUUUGACUAUUCUAAACAUUUCUAAAAGAAUAAGAAUUAAAGAACGAAGAAGGUAAGAAUAAAACAAGUCAAGAAACAAAAAGUGUAGUCAAAAAUAUUAAAUCAUUAACAAAAUUUUAGCCUAAAAACAGAAAUUUAAAAAAAAAACGUGUUCAUCUCGAAAACGGCUAGACUAGGUGAACAAAGUCAUAGGAAAAAAAAUUGUUAAAAAAUAUCCAAAAUAUAAGAUUCAAUUGGAUCAAAUAUUUGAUCAAAACAUUGAUUUUGUCAAUAUCAAAUUUUCAUCAAAAUUUGUUUCAUAUUCAGGUAAAUUCAUUAAUUUUGAACAUUUUAAAUUACUUGAACAAUAUUCCUUUUAAUAUUUAAUUAUGGAAACUGGGUACACAACACAUCAAAAAUAUCGAACAGUAUUACAAUUCGGUGGUAUAAUUAGAUUAAUUUCAUU